CAACUGGAUUGUUUGGCAGACGCGCGCGCGACUCACGGUUCUCUUUGUGCUCCUCCACCCCCCUCCCCACGUCUUCCGAACGAAGCAGUCGAGACAUUCAGAGUGCCAACCGGGUUUGACACAAUGAGCGGCCUCCAAGCGGCAUUCGAGACAUCGACGCCAGCGAUGAAGUCUGUGCUGGUUGAGCUGCUGCUUGCGGACGAGCUCGACGCCCUCCAACAGCAGCAGCAGCAGCAGCAGCAGUCCACGUUCGCCUCAUCCGCCACCUCAACCGCCCCUGUAAAUGCGGGCAAGCAUGGUAGUGUAUUCCAGAUGUACGGCGACGCUGCAACAGCGAGCCUACAGCAACAGCAGCAGCAGCAGAAGCAGCAGCUUGCUGGGAAUGGGAUGGCUUGGAUGCCCGCGAGUGCGAACGGCAUUGCGCAUGCUGCCGCCACUGCUUCCUCGCUAUAUACGAGCAACAACCACCACGCCACUGGGGCGCAGUGCGACACGAGUGCUCCUGCUGUGUUCGGGACGACGGCGGCGGCGGCGGCGGCUGCGGCUGCGACCGACAGCGGUAUUGAGGUUUCGUCGGACGACUCCCGCAUGCUCUUCUCGUCCCCGUCGCCAGCGUCGUCCACCUCGUCGGCAAGCUCAAACCUCGCACCGAGCAUAGCGGCAGCUGCUGCUGGGCUCGACACAUCCGCUCUUGCCAUCCUCAAUGCGCUGUCCAUGCAAAACCUGGAUUUGCUGACCACAACCCCAACUGCCGCCAACCACAAUAACAGCUUUGACCUGAUGGCACUCCAGCAGCAACAAUUCAUGCUGUCCAUGUAUCAGUCGCUGAACGGCUUUUCCCAGCAACCACCGGUCUCAGCUCACCAACACCUGCCAGUCCAACCGUCGCGCCGCAGCGUCAAGCGCGAGAUGGGAGCCAAUGACACGACCAGCGACGACGACGACGACAGCAACGAUGUGCAUGCCGCCUCUGCGUCGUCGCUGCACUUGGGCGACCAUGCUCUCUUGAACGGACACUUUGACCCCGCCGUGUAUGGUGCUCUACCGAACGGCACGUCGCCGGAUCUCAGGUCCAUGAUGACCAGUCCGUUGGGGAGCAGCCAGUAUUCUGCUCUGACCGGUACAGUAGCAGCGUCAGCAGCGUCAGCAGCAGCAGCAGCCGCAACAGCAGCAGCAGCAGCAACAGCAGCAGCGGACGCCUCGCGAAAGGCUGCUCGCAGCAGCCGUGCGUCAACCCCGCGCGCAAGCAAGCCCAAUAGCAACACCAGUGCCAAGCAGGCUCCUGUUGGUACCGAUGGCCUGUGGUCACCAUUCGCGUGGCCGCAGCCCCUUCCUUUGUCGCCUGCGCCCUUGGAGAUUCGAGUGCUUGGUCUCCCCAAAGUCGGUGGUCGUUCUCGCGUGGAAACACAAACCAAGCUGUGCUUCCAGCUCAUUGCCCCAACCGGCGAGCGCGUCACCGACUACUCCUUUUUGCAAGUUCCCUCUCUAUUGCUCGCGCGCGAGUGCAAAUCCGCGACGCAAAUCAAUGAACGAAACAUGUCGAGCAAGCUCUCACUGGAGGCCGCAGUGCUUUGCGCCAGCGACCCUUCGCGACAAGUCCGCGCCUGCUUGAGCUGCUGUCAACGCGAGCUCAAGCGCUUGCGGCGAAGAAGGGACACGUCAAUGCUGUCCAUCACGUGCCCCGAGCUGGACGGCACCGUGCUUCAACUGGACGAGAUUAACGACCAGAAUGCGCAUUUGCACCAGCAGCGCAUCCUGUUGUUUAGUGUCCCCCAUUUGCUCGAUUUCAGCACUGGCGAGGUCACUGUGCCGACCCGCAUCACCUGCUACUGUCGCCACCACAACGAGAAGACUGGUUUCAUCAUCGCGCUCGUCUUGCGAGACGUACACGGCACUGUUGUCGCGAUGGGCCAGUCUCCCGUGGUGCUCAUCACCGAUGACCACAAGCUUGCUGUUCGCGGUGGCGGACGCGACGUCAAGCGGUCCCGCACCGAUGACGUCGAGGGUCUGCUUGAUGAGGUGGCCUUGGACUUGUCAGCCAUGCCGCCAGUUCAAACCGGUGCGGGCUCUGCCUCGCGUCGCAAGUCAGAAGAUGGCUUGGAUGGCACGCCCAUGUUGGAGGAGGCGGGUCAUGAUGAUAACGACGAUGAUGACGAGGAUGCCGAGUACAAACCUCGUGCUCGCCCAGGUCGCCGGCCGUCCAAGACCCCGUCGCGACACCCAUCUGCCACGUCAACGUCCAGUGUUUUUGCAGAGGCAUUGCUCGAGUCCGCACUCGCUUCCGCCAACCCUUCCACUGUCACGUCCCCGCGCACGCCGCACUCGCCGGCCAACUCGUCACUUGCCGGAUCGCUGUGGCAGCUACCCCUGCAGUCGCAGCUGCAACCAAUCUCCCCACAUCAAUUCCCAGUGUCCUCGGCGAAUAGCGUUGUAUCUGGCUCUGCGUUCCAGUCGCCUCACGACAGUCCCAUGCCCACUGCUCCACAGAAUGAGUUGCUGAUACUCGGCACAGGCUCAGACUCCAUGCUCCCCCCUCUGCCGACUGCAGCAAUUCCUCCAGUGUUUGCGAGCGUACCAGCUUCGGCCACCUACCCGGAAUCGUACAUUGUGGACGACCUCGACCUGCUUGGCGAUGCAUUCGGCUUGGCAAUGUCGCAACUAUCUGCGGAACUGGCCCAACGAACGUCGGCACAGCACUUCACUCAUUUACUCAGCCAAGACCUCGCUCGGUUGCAAAAUGCCCAGCGGGCGCUCGCUGCCACCACGGCACCUCAACAGCACUCAGCGCAUCCUGCAUACGAAGCAUUGUCGCUUUCGCCUCCCCCUCUCGCGCAAUCUGCCCUGCCAGUUAUUGCUCGCAUUGUUCCAGCCGAAGGACCCGUUUCCGGCGGAACCGAGUGCACCAUCCUUGGCAGCAACUUUGUUCCAGGCGUCGUGUGCAUGUUUGGCACGGUGGAGGCGCAGCACACGCAAUGUUGGGGCCCAUCGACGAUUGUUUGCGUUGCCCCGCCAAGCAUCAUCUCGGGAUCUGUGCCAGUCACUCUCCGCGACCAACCAUGGCCAGCGGACUCGGCCCCCGUAUUUUUCGAGUACAAGGAUGAAACGGAUCGAUCGCUGAUGGAACUCGCGCUGCAAAUUCUUGGGCUCAAGAUGACUGGUCGGUUGGAAGAUGCCAAGCAGAUUGCGCUUCAAAUCAUGAGUCAGUCGUCUGGAAGUUCCGGCGGUGGCGGCACCCGCGGGCAAGGUUCAGCAGGGUCUGGUCAGACGGGGCACCGUCGCGCUGCGCUUCCAACUUUUAGUGAAUCACUUGCUGCUGCAUUCACCAUGGCAAGCAGUCAGCGACAUGAUUCGACAUUGACGCCUGCUGAUCUCGAGUCGCUCCUGAUCCUCACACUCGGCGCCGCGCUGCUCGUUAAUCCCGACACUCGCCUGUCGCUUGCUCUGCGGACCAAAACCCAGCACACCAUGCUGCACCUCGCUUCGAUUCGUGGUUUCCACCGACUUGUCGCCUUCUUGUUGCAAAGCGGUGCGAGCAUUGACGCUCAAGACGUGAAUGGCUUUACAGCUCUCCACUUUGCCGCUCGAAACGACGACAAGCGAUUGGUACGACUGCUCGCAUUGGCUGGAGCUGCAACCGACAUUGAGACUCGCAACGGUCUGGUGGCCGCCGACAUGACAUUUGACGAGCGGGUUCAGUCCGUCGUGUACUCACCUCACGACGCAAGCGAGCUGGACGACUCGGGCUUGGAAGAAGACGAAGAAGAAGAAGACUUGGGCUCUGAUGACGAAGACGCCAUGUCUGACGGUGCGCUCGUCUCGGACGGCAACGAAGCGGACGGCGAGGACAACGAGAGCGAUUCUGAGAUUCCCGACGCUGUACAUGCGACUCUGCCAGCUUCAUGGGUCCCAGUGAACAGCCAGAUCAAGGAGUCGCUUAUAUCCGUGUCUGCUCUCCCUCCGCCGAUGGUAGCGACUGUUGACACUUUGCAGCUGGUCGGAGGAGCAGCCAAUGCCGGUUCGUUCGUCGGCAUGCCCGCCAGACUGGCUCCUCCUCUUUCCACCACCUCCUCCUCCACCAUCGUGACUGUGCCUCCUUCAUCCAUUUCGCUGUCCCUGAUGCAGCCCAUCCUCCCCGAAAAGAGUCCCCUCGACAGCGACGAGCUUGACGACGUUUUGAGUGCAGUCAGCAGUGAGCCUCAGGACGACUUUUUGGGUUUGAUGCCUUCGACAGGAGACGCUCCUCGGCGACGCUUCCGGACUGGAGCCGCUCCGCGAUCGGACAGCAGCAGCUUGAGCGCGGACGACCACCAGCCACGCAUCAGCGACGAGCAGCUGUGGUUUGGUGCCACCUCUGCGCUUCCGACGCAGUCCUCCACCCUUGCCAGCUCCGCAGACCGCGUAGGCGCUGCUCUUUUGUCCUGCGCCACGUCAGCGCUGGAGGCCAACCAACCCCAGCAGCUCACCGGCAACGCCGACGAAAACGGAUGCGCCACGAUGGAAUCCAACGUUGACGCGUGCGUCCUCUUUCCCGCCCAGCUGUACGAACGCGUGCAAAAUAUCGCCCAAAACCGGGCCAACGCCACCACCACCACCGACUGGUCGUCCUACUCGAAGGGCAAGUCCUUCGAGAAGAGCCAGGUGACGCGAAAGCGCGAUUCGCUCGUCUACAACUUUUGGCUGCCCCUGUUUGCGAUCGUUUGUGCUCUCCUGUUGUGGCGAGCCUCGCUUUCGGUCGUGCCGGCACUCCUUGGCGAUUUGACUGACAGCUUGGUGUGAAGCGAAUGACUGUCAAGGAAGUCCAAGUUCUUUUUUGUUUUUGUGUUCUGAAUUGGGAUUUCUUCUGAACUUUUUUCCCCCUUCACCUUUCACCCUUCCUCCCUUUGUUUUUGAAAAUAGUUGCCUUUGUGUUAUUGCUUCUUGUGAUUGCUUCAAUUUUGUGAUUUCUCGUUGAC